CUUGUAGAACGUGAGUUUGUUGAUGCAGGUCGUUGAAAAUAUUGGUCGAACCGUAGAAGACGAAGUCGCCAUGGAUACUCUGCUCAAACCUCGACUAGCCCUAGUCUUCUCGAUCCUUGCUCACGUCUUCUUCCUCGCCUUCGCUUCUUCUCAGGACCUUCAGAUCCUCAACGCCGAGAAAAGAAUUGACUUGACUUCUCACAUCGUGAAGGUUUUCCUUACAUUGAAGGUGGAAAAUACUGGAACGUUGCCAGCUUCAGAGCUUCUUCUUGCUUUUUCACCCACAGAAUUUGAUCGUCUGUCACUAGUAAAGGCUGCUAUUGCUACUGGAAAAAAGAAGAAAAGAUCUUAUGUUCCCCUUGAUGUAAAACCAAUUGAGCUACUUGAUGCGCCUAAUGGAGCUAAAGGUUUCUCUAUAUCUUUGCUCAAUCCACUAAGUCCCGGGGCAACUGCGACCUUUGAAAUCCUUUAUAUAUCUACUCAUACUCUUAAACCUUUCCCAGAAGAGAUUAGUCAAUCUGAAUCUCAGUUGGUCUUUUACCAUGACACUGCAUUUAUAUUGUCACCCUAUCAUAUUAAACAGCAGUCAACUUUUUUUAAGACCCCAAGCACGAAGGUUGAAUCAUUUACAAAGUUGGAACCCACAAACCGUGCCGGCAAAGAAAUUAGAUAUGGACCAUAUGAAGAUCGCGCUCCUUAUUCAUUUUCACCCAUUCUUUUACAUUUUGAGAAUAAUUAUCCAUUUUCUGUUGUCGAGGAACUUGUGCGUGAAGUAGAAAUAUCUCACUGGGGCAGCAUUCAGAUUACCGAGCAUUACAAAUUGGCCCAUGCUGGUGCUCGACAUAAGGGUGUUUUUUCAAGGGUUGAAUAUCAAUCUAAACCAUCUCUUAGUGGAGUUUCUUCUUUCCGUCAUCUACUUGCAAGAUUACCCCCUAGAAUUCACUCUGUUUACUACCGAGAUGAAAUAGGAAAUAUAUCAUCAUCACAUCUGCGCAAAGAUUUUCAGAAGUCUGAUCUUGAAUUUGAACCACGGUAUCCAUUGUUUGGUGGAUGGAAAGCUACAUUUGUCAUUGGUUAUGGGCUACCAUUGCAAGACUUCCUUUUCGAAUCCCCUGAUGGCAGACGAUACCUAAACUUUACUUUUGGUUGUCCUCUUGCUGAAACUGUGGUUGACAAGUUGACUUUGAAGGUUGUUUUACCAGAGGGAUCCACAAGCCCUACUGCCGUGGUUCCCUUUGAGGUGGAGCAACACCUAGAGAAGAAGUACUCUUAUCUGGAUGUUGUGGGAAGGACUGUGGUUGUACUAGAAAAGAAAAAUGUAGUUCCCGAACAUAACUCUCACUUCCAGGUCUAUUACAGUUUCAACCCAAUAUUCAUGUUGGCAGAGCCAUUGAUGUUGGUGUCUGCAUUUUUCUUCUUUUUCGUGGCUUGCGUGGCUUAUUUACACGUUGAUCUUUCCAUUAGCAAGAUGCAGUAAUUUAUCAUAUCCAACGCCAAAGGAAAAGAUGGAAGAUUGUGGGAAUAUCAUGGAAUAUUUGACUAAUGAAGAAACGUAACCCUUGUUGAAAAUUUUGGAUUCAAUGGGCCAGUCCUCAGAUUUUGCAUUGUGUUAUAUUAAUGGGUUGGUUAGUCCAUAUCUACUGGGCCGAAAGCCCAAACAACUUACCAUUAUUGGGACUUUAAUUCUCGGCAGCUUUAGUUUAGGGAUUAGAUUCCGAAAUGACAUUUUUAUACGAAUUUUUCCAUAUAACACAAAUAUUUUCUAUUAUAA